UUCUAUAUGUGUGUCACAAAACACAUUUGAUAGUUAAAUUGUUAGACAGAAAGUCUGUAUCAUAAAAAAAUCUACUGUCAAUAACUUUCUGACACAGACAAAAAAGAUCAUGUAUCUAUGAAUUAAAGUAUAAUCACAAACAUAAACCAUGAAUAGAGCUGCACAGCAACAAUAAGGUCGGUGUCCUCAUGGGAAUUUUUUUUUUUAUGUUCCUUCGAGUUACUGGAAAAACGUAAACUAAUAACCUAAAUAUUAUUUUUUAUACAUAGCUACUUCCUGCUCAGUGGUAGAAUAAUUGUCUGCUUAAGAAUGACUACAUGCUCCAGGGGUUUGAUCCUGGGCUCUGGUUACUGUCUGUGCUGUAUAAAAUUUUUGUUAUGGAGAAUCCGGUUCCAUUCAGCUUUCUAAACACCUGCUGUCCAGGGAGUACUGGUGUUUCCAGGAAAGGAUCUUCCCCAAAUCCCUGAACUGGAUAUAUCGAUAUAGAUGUCCCACGGAGGUGGGAGAAUAUAAAAGACGAAUUACAGAGAUGAACUGCAUCAGUCUGUUAUUUACCUGGUGAUAACAUUUAGCACAGAUGUUUGUGUUACUGUCUCUUGCACUUCCCCUGAUGGUGAAGUCUCAUAUUAUUAACCAUAAUUUCCUGCCGCUGGACUGUCAGGACAUUUUCAACAAUGGGUCCAUCCACAGUGGAGUUUACUCCAUCUACCCUGUAGGACCUAAAAGACCACUGCAGGUAUACUGUGAUAUGGGCUGUGCUGAAAACGACGACCCCCAGGAAGGAAAAUGGACGGUCAUUCAGAGGAGAAUGGAUGGCACUGUGAAUUUCUACCGGCCAUGGGAUGCAUACAAACAUGGCUUUGGAGACGUAAAUGGUGAAUACUGGCUAGGUCUUGAGAACAUAUUUCUCAUCACAUGGAGAGAGAAGCAUGAGCUGAGUGUGGACCUUGAAGACUUUGAGCAUUCCAAAGUCUACGCCAGAUACUCUUCUUUCUACAUCGACUCUGAAUCGGAAAGAUAUAUGCUACACGUCAGUGGACACAUCAAUGGAGGUGCAGGAGACUCUCUAUCAUAUCACAACGAGAAACAGUUUGCAACUUUCGACAAAGACAUCAACAACUGUGCAGUGACAUAUGAAGGAGGGUUUUGGUUUGGCAACUGCCACAAUACCAACCUCAAUGGUGUGUACAAAUGGGGAAGUGGGGUACCUGCAUAUUCAGGGAUUUUCUGGCAACACUGGAAAGGUGACUACUACUCUUUAAAGUCUGUAGUGAUGAAGAUAAGGCGUGUGUUUUUGCCAGAAUUUGAAGUAUAGUUUUAUAUAACCUAAUCAUGGAAAAUGUUGGCUUUAUGAUGAUUGUACUGUAUAUAUCAAAGCAAAGUCAUUCCAAAGAUGU